GCCUGCCGCCAUUGCUUUGGAUGCCUCAAGAAUCAGGAUCGACUAGGUUUCUCUUUUAGAUGUAGGGGCUGUUCGGUUGAACUUGUGGAAGACUGGUCUUUCUCGGAUGCAGGCUUCCGAUUCGCGGUGCGGUCAAUUGGUAUGACACAUUUUAUUUUUCUUGAUGAAGCUUUGAUUGAUUGGCUGCAAGGAGUGUUGCAGGUGGCAUUGAUGCAGGGUUGGAAGUUUUCUGGGAAAGAUGUGAGACGCAGCGGGUCUCGAGUGAUUCAUGUUGGGGGUGUUCUUAAG